ACACGGGGGGGGUCUCCCAUCUUCCCUGCCCCACGGAGCAUCUCCCCCCACCCCCCGCAGCCGGGAUGUUCCACUUUCCACCCCCCCCUCCCCCUUUAGGGGUGAUUUUUGGGGGGGUUUUGGGGUCGGGCGGUGCCCGGGGGGGGUGUGAUGCAGCCGCUGACGUCACGGCGCCCGGCCAAUGGGCGGCGGGCGGGGCGGGGUGUGGCGGGCGGGGUGUGGCGGGGGCGGCCCCGGUGGGAGCGGGGCUGCUCCGGGGGGUCCCGGCGCCCCCCGAUCUCUCCAUGCAGGGCAUGGGGAGCCUCCGGCUGGGCAACCGCGCCGUCAUGUACACGGCGGAGACCCUCUCCAAGGGCAAGAACCGCGUCAUGGGGACCAUCCAGAUCAUGACGGGAUUCCUGCACAUCGGCUUCGGGAUCGUCCUGACCACGCUCACCCACCUCUACACCUCGGUGUUCGUCAUCGGAGAGAUCCCGUUCCUGGGCGGCGUGUCGUUCAUCAUCUCCGGCUGCCUCUCCAUCGGCGCCGAGAAGAGCCCCACGGAAUGCGCGGUGAAGGGCAGCCAGACCAUGAACGUCAUCAGCGCCAUCUUCGCCCUGCUGGGCAUCGUGGCCUUCAUCAUCGACCUCAACCUCAACGUGCUCUACCACUCCAGCCUCGACUACCCCGGGUACCUCGUCCUGCUCGCAGGGAACGGGAUUUCCAUCGUGCUCCUCAUCUUCACCGUCCUGGAAUUCUGCAUCGCCGUGGCCACCGCCAACUUCUGGUGCCGGGCCACCCGGCUCAGCUCCAACGAGCUGGCUGCUCCUGAAGUCUGACACCGGAAUGGGAUCCUGCCUCCAUCGCUCCCAAAUCCAGGGCUACGGCAUCGUCUUCCUGCUGGGAUACGCUGGUCCCACCCCUCCAAAAGCCAGCGAGCCCCCCCCCCCCCAAAUUCCCACUCUCCUGCCCAUCCAUCUGCCCCCGUGCCUGGUCUGAGGGGCAUUCCUUGCUGGCUGCUUGGGGAAGGGGCUUCUCCGUGCGGGACUCUUGCGGAAUUCCCGCCCGUAAAUCCCCGGUGGGAUUCUGGGAUUCACUCGUGUCAGGAUUCAGGACUUCCUGGGGUUCUGGUGGCUCAGAGCGAUCCCGAUGUGUGGAUCUACCUCGGCUCGUCCCGCGUUGGCUUGGUUUUAUCUUGGGAAUAAACGCUCGGUCCGGGCUCGUGGCUCCUGAA